GGGACCUCUGGAAGACCGGACAGAGUUAAAGGUAACACCAGCUGGAUACAUGUGAGGUAAACACUACUUGGUUCUUGCUGUAGUGUCUUUUCAAAUUAUAGUAUCAACCGUAUUUUAUUUGCGAUAACUCUGGCAGACUAGUUGUGAAGGGAUUAAGUUGUAUGCAGAGUUUAUUCAGAGUCUGUUCGCCGCUGUUCUGGUUCCUCAAAGAUCUGUAGGCUCUGAUCAUGCUCAUAUUAUCAUUGACUAUGUGGUUUAAGAUCUUGUAAUUCAUCCCUAUAAAGGACUCUGUCCUUGUAAAGUUACUAUAACGGUUUGGUUUUUGUUAAUUCUGUCAGAGAGAGAUGCUAAUAUAACUUUACUCAGGAAGGCUGCAGGUCGUGAGCUGAUUUGCACUUAUUUUACAUAAACUUUUUAACAUUUAGAGUUCAGAAUUCCUCGAACUGACAGACUUUACUUUUUCCUAAAGUUGUCACUGGAUUUUGGAUUUGUCAGUGUGCAUUAAUAUAUAGUCUAUCUCUUUCUAAAAGCCUCCAUUGAAAAUAAAGGUGUAUUGCUAGAUGUGCUUUUAAAAUAAAGAGCUGCACAGUUCAUACAGCAAAAGGGAACACCUUCAGCAUCCGGAUGUGGACAAUUUAUAUAUUAAUGAGAAAAAAAGUGACACAGAUCAGAUGUUUUACUCUGGUGAUUGUUUCCUUCACAGUGAUUGUGUUGUUGUGGCACCAGAGCAAUGCGGCGGCUCUACGUUGGAGGGUUGAGCCACACAGUCACCCAGAAAGAUCUUAAGGAUCGAUUUGGAAAAUUCGGAGAAGUGGAAGAUGUGGAGCUGCGUACCAGGACAGAUGAGGAAGGUAAGGAAUCUGUACACAACCAAAGCCUUAGUCUACAUUUUCUUGACACUUUAUUCUAGACAUCUCAGGCAUGUGAAGUUCAGAUUUCUUUGGUCAAUUAAAGGUCACACAUAAAGGUUUUUUGGAGGUCCCCUCAGUGUCCUGUAUAUGUUCUGAUUCUUCUUUUCCUUUAGGUGUUCCCUACAAAACCUUCAGCUACAUUAAUAUCAACAUUUCAGAUGCAGACUUAAAGAAAUGUGAGUAAAUUAGGCCUCGGCUGUAACUUGUCAGCUAUAUGUGUUUGAUUUAACAGAUUUUUGUCAGGUGUAACAAGAAAUGACACAUUCAUCAUCUCUUAACUCUUAAACAGUUGGAAAAUACAGUUUGUUUCAAGUGAAUAAACCCUUUAUAGAUUGCUUGUUGGUUGCUCUGGGUUGUCAGUAUCCUAAAUAAACAGAUUAGGAAGAACACUGCAUAAUUUUUAUACUUGAGAAUUAUCCAAAUGUGACUUUUUCAGUGUUUCUUGUAUUUACCAUAAUUGAUCAAGUGAACAUAGCAGAGUGUGAUUACUGUGUGUUUGUACUCUGAAGGUUUGACAGUGCUGAACAAAUCCAAAUGGAAAGGAGGAACUCUGCAGAUUGAAACAGCUAAGGAAAGUUUCCUUGACAGGUACAAUUAUGUCACGAAAACUUCUAACUAGCAAAUAUUAUGGAGCAAGAGGAAGGAGGGCUUUAGCCACCAAAUACAAAGCAAAAGCAAGGCAAAGUUUAUUUGUAUAGUGCAUCUCACAAAGAUGUCACAAAAGGCUCAAAAGAAGUGCUGGGAAGAGUACAUGUCUUUACAGCAGCAGGAGUUAAAAAGAUUCUUCCCUCCUGAACCUCACUCUGAUCAUCUGGUUGUUGUAUUUGUGUCUCAGACUUGCUGAGGAGAGGGAGGCUGCAGAGGAGCAGCGCCAACAACCACGUGUGGUUGAGGACAAAAGACAGAAGAUGUUGGACUCUCUAAGCAAAGCCGGAGUGGAAAACUUCACCAUGAAGGCUGCAGUACCAGGGACAGAAGUACCAGGACACAAGGUGUGAUCAUCUGAUACCUCUUUUUCUAAUCAGUACUCCAAAACUAGCAUCAGUUUUAAAAUAAAAAACAGUCAGGUGGGUGAGGAUGGAUCAUUGUGUUGAUACUUCCUCUGUGUACGUGCUCUGCUUUCAGGACUGGGUCGUCAGUAAAUUCGGUCGAGUCCUCCCCGUCCUGCAGCUCCAGGGUCAGAAAGGCAGCAAAGCUCGAACCCUGAAGUACGACCCCUCCAAAUACAGCCACAACAUCCGCAGGCUGGACCGGACAGCUGAAGACCAGCCCACACCUGUUACUCAGCUCACCUGGGAGGUACAGGGAGGGGACGAUGACAUCAGCAAGAAGAGGCGGGGAGAGUUUCCUCCGUUUGAGCCGUCCAGGCCCAAGAAGAGCCGGACUGAUAAAGUUAACUCUCACAAUGCAGUGGGACAGACCAGGUAAACAUGUGAUGACUGAUUACACCCUGAUUUAAAUACUUCAUUCAGUCUUUCACUUUAUUUCUCUGGUUUUUAAUUCACGAGCCGGUUAGAGUGACCCAAAUAGGAAGAUCUGAUGCAGAAUAGAAAAGAUCCAGCUUAAUUACCAGUAUAAUUACAUAACUUACAUUGAUAUGUUGGGUCAUCUCUACUGCCGAUCUCACUGGUGGUAGUUUUUUGUUGUAAGUUUUGCACCAAAUGGAUGAUUUUAGAAAUAUCACAUCUCCAGAAUAAAAAAAAGUUUGAAGUUUUAAAGAAUUUGGUUUUACACAAGGUGUUGUUCUUUCUCCUCAGUGUUUCUCCUCCUUGUUUUUCACCCCUUAGAUUGAAACAGAGUGUGAACUCUGUCAAUCACAGAGAAAUUUAUCCGCUCACCAAUGGAUAUGAACCGCCAACAAACCACAGACCGGCUCAGAGGAAAGAGGUUCGUUAUCCUGGCAGUGAUGUUGAUUCAGACGAGGAGAUCCGCAGAAUGGUGGCAGCCCAAGACUCCUCCCGUUUUACUCUGGGGAGGAAGGAGGAAGAUGAGGAUAACCUGGAGGUGGUUGGACUCGACUACUUGGUGAGGGCUGGACGAAAAGGUGAGGUUAUAAAUAAGACUCCUCCCCCUCUGUUUUUGAGCAUCAUCUCAUCAGUGUGUCUCUUUAAGGCAGCCAUGUGUUCCCACUAAUAAAGAACCUACUGCUGUGUUUGAUGCUGAUUUAACUCUGGAAGAAAUCUUUAAUACAUAUUACAUAAGCUUUUCAGGGACUAAUAAAUAAUAAUAGUCAUUGAUACUUAAGACUUGAAACAAGGAAAGACAGUAUAGAUGAAUUUAUUAAACAUUUCUGAUAAUCAGCCCCACAUUAAACUUUAGAUUAGAUUAGAUUAGAUUAGAUUAGAUUAGAUUAGAUUAGAUUUCCUCUCAGGGAAAUUAAAAAAGGAACUCUUUCAAACACUUGUUGCUUUCUCUUUGUAAUCCAGAUGAUGAGGGAGAGAAUGACUACGACUCUGCAGACACAGAUGAACUUCUUGCUUCCAAGAAACCUCCACUGACAUCGACACAGGAGAGGCUGACUCCACCCACUGAAAACCACCUCUCAGGAAACGACACAGACAGGAGGAAAAAGAAGAAAAAGACGAGGACAGCUGGAGAGGAAGAAGAAAGUUCAGCAAAGGCUGAAGAUCAACUCACUUCCAGGAAACCCUCCUCCGAACAGCAGAGAGAGGAUUCUGGGAAAAAGAGUUCUCAGGGUCAAAGUGAGAAGAUUGUAGUCAUACCUGUUGUGGAAGCCCCUCAUUCUGAAUCAGAUAGUGAUGAAGAUGAGGAGGAGGAGGAAGAUGAAGAUGAGGAGGAGUUAGACUUAGCUAAUGAUUCUGAUUCAGAUUCUGAUUAUGACGCCAUGUUUGCUAAUGUCACCCAUUUGGAGAUCUCUCUGGCUGAUCUCCAGAGGAUAGCUGAAGAAUCAGAACAGACCUCUGAGACUACAACUCCCAGCAUCCCCGGCUCUUCCUCAGAACAAGAACAUAAACCUAAAUCUGCGUCUGCUCCAAAGAAAGGAACCACACCUGAAGAAAUCCUUGCCUCCAUCAUGGCGGAGGACAGCAGUGAGGACGAGCAAACCAUGAGGAAAAAGAAGAAGAAGAGAAAAGCGGCCAUGUCAAUGCCACUGCCAGCCUUCCAGGGGACGAAGACUCUAAACAAGGAAUCGGAGUUGGAGGACUCUCAGAGGAGACAUGAAGGAGAGGAAGAAGGAGGUGAAGAGGUUAAAAAACAGAAACUAGACUCUGAAGCUCCUCAGCUAAACCUUCAUGAGACAGACAGCAAAACCACCAGGAUGACCAGAGAGGCAGGAAGGGAGACUACAGAGAGCAGUGAGGAAGAGGAGGAAGAAGAAGAAGAGGGGAAAACAGAGGAAGAGCAGGAGGAUGAAGAAGAAGAAGAGAAGGAGGACAAAAAGGAGGUAGUGAAGGACAAGGACGCUCAAGGAGUAGGAAACACUGAGAAAACUGAGCCUGAUUCCUCCUCUAGCAGUGAUGAAGAUGAUGAUGAGGAGGAGGAGGAGGGGGAGGUAACAAAGACAGGUCCUUCUGUUCUGACAAAAGCAGCAGCAAAGGCCUCACCCUCAUCCUCCACCUCUUCCAGCGGGGAAGAUGAGGACAAGCUCGUUUCUGCCAAAGUUGCCGCGAAAGCUGCUCCUCCACCUGCCCAUCAAAGUGAGUCCUCCUCCUCUUCUUCCUCCUCUUCCUCCAGCGAAGAGGAGGAAGAAGAAGAAAGGCCCGCUCCUCUUCACAGGGUGCCAUUAGGAGCCAAAGAGGAGGAGGAGCGGCAGAGGGAAGCGAACAUGAGGAGGUUGGCUGCCGUCCAGCAGAGGCAGAAAGAGACUGAAGAGCACAAGAAGCUGAUUCAGGGCGCUCUGGCCAACCUGGUGAGUUCAGAUCUGCAGCAGACUUCAGAGAGCUCAGUGAGUCAGAGCUUUUAUUUUAGAGAGAGGACCGUUUGACAAGUCCGCUCCUCUAAAGUGAGCUGUUUGAAAGGUUAUAUUACAACCGAGCGCUCCAAGUCAGAAAUAGUUUGUAGAAAGAGGCAGCAGGGGGACGUUAUUCUCUGUUUUAGAUCUAUAAGAGGUGGUGUGUAGGGAAGAAGACGAGCUGUAAACUCAGUGUUGAAGUAGUGAUGGGUUCAGUCCAUCACCAGUGUCACAGUCUGCUGUAACACACCAACAAUUAUUUAAUUAGUCUCACAUGGUUACAGCCACGGUGGGGGGUUAAAAAAUAAAUAGUGUAACUGAGUAACUACACUGUGUCCUGUUUGGCCGGCACCCUCGUGAUAGAGUCCUGCCUCUUCCUCAUGUUAAGGUGGGUGUAUUUAUGAUGAAAGUCGUCCAUGACUCGAGGUUAAGCUCAGAUGAUUACCUUUUUAAAGAGACAUUAGUAUUAGUGUGAGUCUGUUUCACUUCCAGCUGCAACCCCUUAGAGGACUUCCAAAGAGACAGAGACACACCAGUUUUGGAGACACUGAUUUUUUUUUGCCUUCACUGUUAAUGUAUUACCGAGUUAAUCGCAAACAUUGUUUUAUUUAAACUCCCAAAACACCUAAAGCAACACCAGCAUUUAUUUGGAGUCAUUUUCAAAUCAAAAUAUCCAUCUUUAUCAGGAUGGACCUGCUGCAGGAGGAGGGAAACAUAUUGUAUUCGGCUCUGAUGAUGACGAUGAUGAUGAUGAGGAGGAAAAGCAGCAGGUGACCUUAGGGGUAACAGCAUCAAAGAAGACUCUGUUCCAGGACAGCCAAUCGGAGGAGGAGGCCACAGAUGAUGAGGCGGCAGCAAAUAAAGAAGGCGGAGAAAAAGGAAAGGUGAGUGUGAAAUAAAAAUCCCUCUUUCUCUCAGAGAAGUAUAAAGUUUGUUAGAGGACGACCUUAUAACAUUUGAAUGUGUGUGUGUGUGUGUGUGCGUGUGUGUGUGUGUGUGUGUGUGUGUGUGUGUGUGUGUACAGGUUCAUCUGAAGCCAUCUGUUUCUCAGCUGUUCAGCGGCAGUGAAGAUGAGGAGGAUGGUGAUGAAGAGGAGGACAGCAGCAGGUUUGACAUCAGACCUCAGUUUGAAGGAAGAGCAGGACAGAAGGUGAGAAAAGGAGUUAAAGCAGCACUGCUCGGUCUUUUUCAGUUACUUUGGUUCUUCUAUAUAAAGUAAAUGUAAAAUACCCACAGAGCUAAUACCCAUGAAUAUUAAUGAAUAAAUAUGUCUACUGAGAUACAGAACUCGGUAAUCUCUCAAGGAAGUUAAUUUUAAGUUUUAGAGCUGAAAGUUCCUUGACUUUAAGAAAAAUAUAUUUUAGACACUCAGUUGUGAUUGGAUGGAUGGUCUGAUGGUCAUUUUUGUUAUCCAGCUGAUGGAGCUGCAGUCUCGCUUUGGAACAGACGAGCGUUUCAGGAUGGACUCUCGCUUCCUGGAGGAUGACAACAAAGAGGAAGAACCAGGUGAGGUUGUGGAUGCAAAUCUGGAUCGCUGUUAGCCUAAGUAUGCCCAAUAUCCAGGGGUGGUCCAGGUUUAUUCCCAACCUGUGGUCCUUUUUCUGCACAUCAUUCCCCUAGAAAAUUAUGAAUUAUGCACAUUUUCUUAUCGCCCUGUUUUAACCAAGAAUAAAGACCUGUCUUCCUCUUAAUUUUUGAUCAAGUGCUUUCCUGCUGGAACAAAAAGCUCUCUGUUGUUUCCCUCCACAUGCAUCUGCCUUUGCUGAACUAAACUUCUGUUUGUGAUUCAGAGAAAAAGACAAGUGUCGACGAUGAGGCUCUGGAAGAGGAGAGGAAGAAGAACUUGUCCAUCCUGCAGAGUGUCCUUGGCAGCAGCCAACAAACAAGCAGCAGUAAAACAUCCGUCAAGGCCAAAACCUUCAGGUCAGCAGCUCAUUAGCAUGCAUAGAGUCAUAGGAGAGUUCCAUAUUUAAUUGGAAAUGAAUUUGGAUAAAUGUGUGUUUGCAGAGAUGUCUCAGCGCUGCAUUACGACCCCAGCAAAGAGGAGCAUGCUGCAUUUGAGACCAAAACGGAGGAAACCAAGGAAAGGUAGGAACUCUGCAAUCAAUAAUGCAUCAGUUUUGUCCGCUUUAUAGAAAAGGUGGAUUAUAGAUGUUGUCUAUUAUUCUGCUACUUAAAAAUUACUUAAACAGGCUAUUUUAGGUUUUUCAGUGCUGUACAAGUGUCGUUCUUAACCACUGGAGUACUCUCCAAAUAUGUAAAUAUGUAUGUUUCUACAUAUGGCAUUUUCUCUCUUGGGUACUUUGCUCAGUAACUAAAAAAUGUCAUUUUAAUCUGUUCAGAAUUAUUUCUUAACAAAAAAGUGAAAGAUUCUAAAUAUUUGCAAGCAACUGUGUGUGAACAAUAGAAGAGGACCGAGGACAGAGCCUUGUGGCACACCAAAAAUUCACAACAGUAAUAAUUUAUCUUCACUGCAGUGAAACUAUCAUUUAAUCUGAUGUUUUCACAGCAAAGCAGCAAGGAGGAGAAAACGGGAGGAGGCUCAGAAGCUUCCGGAGGUUUCUAAAGAGAUUUAUUAUGACGUGUCUGGUGACCUGAAGGCCGUGUUUGGUGCAUCAAAAGAUGAGGUCACUGAGGAAGAAGAGAAGCCAAAUUGGGACCAAGAGGAAGAAGAGGAGGAGGAGGAGGAGGAGGAGGGAGAUCCAAAGAAUGAACAGUCGACCCUGCUGUCAUCUCUCCUCUCAGCUGAUCAGAGCGCAGAGAAAGACGAGUCGUCUGGGUUCAAGUUCUCUUUCUUUGGAGACGAGACAGAAACUGAAAGUAAACAAACAGGUGGGUUCAGUCUAAUAUUUUUUCAGGCUGUCAGAGAGAAGGUUUGUUUUUACAACCUUUAAUUUCUCAUUCUUUCUUUAUCCAGAAGAGUACAAAGUAGAGAGCAUCCAAGCACCAAAGGUGUCCUGGCAACAAGACCCACGUUUCCAUGACAGCAGCUCCGAGGAGGAUGAAGAGGAGCAGGAAGAAGACGAGACACAGAGCAGCAUCACCGCUAAAACUGCAGAGUGAGGAAAAUGCUGAAACUUAGAUGGAUAAAUAAUUUCAUGGUGUCACAGUUUAAAUUCAUCCAGAAAGUAAAGUUGGUGUGCGGAGGAUACAAGCACUCAAAUCCUGCCCAGUUGGAAAAUCACAGCGUAAAUUCACACACUGUUACUUUUGAAGCGCAUUGACACCUUAACAAGGAGGACAGCUGUUCAGAUUAAACUCAUGUCAUUGUGUGUUUUGUGUGUUCACAGAGAGGAGACUCCCUCAAACAACCAUCGAUUUUUCUUCUUCCUUGAGGACAGCAGACUGACAGGUAGGGAGAGGGCUGCAGGAAAUAUAAAUGAGUCUGAUUUCUAACUUCAUGGUUCUGUGUGAAUGUCUGCAUGUGGCUGGACAAUGAUUACAGACAGGCCUGAACUGUCUCUGCCUGAACUGUCUCUGUCUUCCUCAGAGGGCCCCAGGUUGUUCUGUCGUCCCGCUCACUUGGAGGAGCAGAGAGAGCAGUGGGAGGAGAGGAGGACGGCUCUCAGACAGGUACACGCCAGAGCACAGAAACUUUUUUUAGUUCAUGCCUUCAUUGAUAAUUAUUAAUAGUUGUCUACAUGAAGAUACAGAACAUAAUAAAGGGGUUUAAUUAAAGUUUAGCAUGAUAUGAUACUUUUACUUUUGUGUCUGUUUCCACAGGAGUACCGAAAGAAACACAAGGACGCCCGCAAGAAAGUGAAGUCCUCUCAGAAAAGCUGAGAAUUAUGGGAGUUGAGGUCUAGUCUGAUUUGAGAAUUGUCCCUCUUGGAGCGCUCAGCAGUAUGGACCCUGAUAAUCUGCUGAAGAGACAGACUUUGGAAGUUUAAGAUCACCAGUGUCAGAUUUAUUUUUCAUGUUUUGUGGUCUGAGCUUAAAUUUGUAAUAAAAUCUGGUUUGGUAUUUUCAUACUCUGUAGCAGCAGCAGUCUGAGGACCAAACCUUCUUAUUAAAAUAUGUACAAAUAAGUAA